AUGGUCGACGGCCUAAACUUGCGCGACCGCUGCGCUGCGCUGCAAGCCUCGGUGGCGGCGCUGGACGAGGCACAGUCGGACGCGCUACGCAAGCUUGUUGACGAGUUGUCUGCGAUUGCGUCGGACGUAGCGACCAAGGAAGAAGCACUGCGGCUGCACGAAGCGGCGCUGCGAGAGCGAGAAGUGCGCAUCGACGCCAAGCUCGAGCUUCUGGCACAGCAAACAGCUACGGCCCCUCCACAAGUACACAACAACGACGUGGUGCGCGAAGAAGGGCCUGCGCAGGCCAAGCUCGUCACGCUCAACGUUGGUGGCACGCUGUUUACGACCGCGCGCGAUACGCUGCUGCGUAUGCGGGGCAGCUACUUUGACGCGAUGCUCUCAAGUGACCGCUGGUGCCCCAACGCCAAAGGCGAGUACUUUUUGGACUUGGAUCCAACCCUGUUUCCACGCGUCAUGAAGCUGCUUCGCACGGGCACACUGGAUGUCGAGGGACUCACGAUCAACCAAGAAGCGGAUGUACGAGAGAUGCUCGACUACCUCCAGAUCCAGAUCGAGAGUCCGGCGCCCGUGCCAUCAGCACCGAUGGCGCCACUGCAGUGGGACCCACGCCGGUGCUCCACGAAGAUUCAACUUGCGGACGACAAUACGCUUGCCGCGCACGGCUCCUAUGGCUAUGCCAGUGUCGUCGCGUCACAACCAGCGUCGACCUUUGCCGUGCUCAUUAUGCUUGGGUCUCAUGCCGAAGUCGGGUUCCUUCCUCUUGACGACGAGACGUCGCCGGUGCCUGACCGCAAGAGUACGACCCGCGGCUGGUUCUUCAGCUGUUCAGACGGGAGAGUGUUCUCGCACGACGAAGCAGCGUCCAUUAGCCUCGUCGACGCCACGGUGAAGCGACUUGCGCUGCUUCAAGUGGCGUGGCACCGCCUCCAGCAGCGCAUCUCGUUUGCGGUCGACGGCGUACUGCUCCCGAUGAGCCUGCACAACGUCGUUAGCGACGUCGACUUCCCGACCUUGCACGACCGCUGCGCUGCGCUACAAGCCUCGGUGGCGGCACUGGACGAGACAACGUCGGACGCCCUAUGCAAGCUCGUCGACGAGUUGUCUGCGAUUGCGUCGGACGUAGCGACCAAGGAAGAAGCGCUGCGACUGCACGAAGCAGCGCUGCGAGAGCGAGAGGCACGCCUUGACGCCAAGCUUGAGCUGCUGGCAGAGCUCAAGGCCGACAACCAUCGACACGAAACAGACGCGGACACGGCCGUCGAUCAACUCCCUACGCCCGCCAAGACUAUCACACUCAACGUCGGCGGCACGCUCUUCACGACCGCGCGCGAGACGCUGCUGCGUAUGCCAGGCAGCUACUUUGACGCGAUGCUCUCAUGUGAUCACUGGCUGCCAAAUGAAAAAGGCGAGUACUUUUUGGACCUGGACGCGAGUACGUUUGCGCGAGUGAUCAAGUACCUUCGCACGGGCACGCUCAACCUCAGUGGGCUCUCGAAUACGGACGAGGACGAGCUCCGCGAGAUGCUCGACUACCUCCAGAUCGAGUGGCCGCUGCCAGCGCCAUCCGCGCCGCCAGUGCCGGUGGAGACGCCGCGAUUGCAGUGGGACCCACUACACUGUUCCGAGGCCAUUACGCUCGACGAAGGCAACACACGAGCGCGCAGUCAAAAGCACGGCUGGAGUCAUGUGCUUGCAUCGACGCCAGCGACGAACUUUGGCGUUCUUGUGACGCUUCGGAGUGAGGUCCUUGUCGGCUUCAUGGUGCUCGACGACUUUGUUCAAGAGCCCGACUUUCGUCUGGCCCAGAACCGGCGCGGGUGGGUUUUUGACUGCUCGAUUGGGGCUUUGAGCUCGCAUUACCAACCGACCACGGCCCACGUUGUAGAUACGACCAAACCGCGCCCGAUCUUCCUCCAGGUGACGUUGCAUCAGCAGCAACAACGCGUUUCGUUUGCGAUCGACGGCAUCCCACUGCCCGCCAGUUUGCACCACGUGCCAAUGGACGCUGUGCUGUACCCUGUCGUACGCAUCUUGUCUGGCGGCGCGGUUGUCAAGCUCCUCCCCGUGUAGCGAUGUUAGAGUCGUCAUGACGAGCAAUUCGCAUAAAGACCGAUGAGUAGUCACAAGUUUGCAUCUCAG